AAAUCACAGGAAGUACAUCAGCAACCAUUUUGUUGUUACAUGGAGAUGUGUAAACAGAAUGGAAUUACUUUAGAAUAUUAGAUUAAUCUAGAUCUACAUCGCAACUUACCAUUACUAGUCCACCAGUAGAUCUAUUACUAUUUUGACCGGUACCAUGAACAAAUACCAUUCACAUACAGUUUUCCUUCAUGUCAAGCAAAAAACAAGCACGUGUUGGUCCUUCUGAAAUUAAUAGUGAUAUUGUUGAAAUCCGUCCAUCAAGAAAGCUUAGAAUUCAGCACUUCAAUGAAAGACCAAGAGAUGAAAAAUUUGAACGAGAGAUGCAGAUCUACUCCCUGUAUAGACAGAAAAAUGUUAUAUCAUCUGGACCACUGACUAUGCCAAAACAUCAAAAACACUCACAGAAAAAUAUAUCACAAGACAAAGUUGGAGACCAGCUUCAAAUAGCAUUAUCCCAAGAUGGACUGGAUCAUUCCAAUAAAAACUAUGGACAUGUAAAAACUAGUGCAGUAUUAGACGCCAAUAUUUGUAAAUUAAAAUUACAAGGCAACGAAAUGCCAACUGAUUUUUCACCAGGAAAUGUUAAUAAGCAGGAAUUACAUAGUGACUUAAUGGCACAAGAAUUAAAACCUCAUCACAACAUUCCAGACACUUGUGCAUUGCGUCAUGAAGAUAUAAUACCUCAGGGAAGUAGCUUCGAUGAAAAUAUCCAGACAUCUGAUUCCAUCACUGCAGACUAUAAAGACCUAGUGAUAUUUUUCAUCCAUGGCGUGGGUGGAUCAUCAGACCUGUGGUGUUCACAGACUCAGUAUCUCUCCAGGCUUGGUUAUGAAAUCAUUUGUCCUGAUUUGAUUGGACAUGGACUUAGCUGUGCACCAAAAAAUGCUAAGGCAUACCAUUUUAAUGAAAUAGCCGUAGACUUGGAAACAAUAUUCAACAAAUAUUGCAAAAGAAGGAAUAUCAUCAUAGGCCACUCUUACGGAGCAUCCUUUGCAUCAUAUUUAGCGAGGCAUCGCCCAAAGAGAGUGAUGAAACUAAUUCUUAUAAGUGGUGGACCACCAACCCCUCUGGCCCCCCAGCCUGGUGUAUUUCAACUACCUUACUUUAUGCUGGCCUGCAUAAAACCUUGUGUCGUACUUGGUUUCCACAAAGGUGCAUUUCACAAGGCUAAAGCCCCAGUCAUCAGUAAAAAAGAGGCAUUUAACAUCCCAACGUAUGUUUUGCAGAACAUAAUGAAUGGCCAGGACUGGCCUGACGGAGAUGAGCUCUUCCAUGGAUGGCUGACUUGUCCUUGUCUUCUUAUCUACGGAGCAGAUGAUCAGCUGGUAUCACUUUCAGAUGAACAGGAUAUGGCUAAGGUGAUAUUUGAUUCUCAAUUAGAAGUUAUCAGAAAUGCUAGUCACAUGGUCAUGGUGGAGGCACCAGAUGAAGUAAAUCAAAUUAUUGAAGCAUUCAUCAAGAAACCUCUAUACUCUGUUGCCAGUCAGGCUCAGAAUAGCUCAGUUCAUCAAGGAACUUCUCAACUCAUUAGCCAGUCAGCCUCAGAAUAGCUCCAUUUAUCUUAGAACCUC